GUCAACUGUCAAUUAUUGUCAGAGUGAUAUUGUUAAUUGUGUAGGCCGUAGUAUUUUUUUAUUUAUGUAAUAAUAAAAAUAAAAUUAUUAUUUACCAUGGUUCUUAAGGAAUUUAUUGAUGAUUAUGCAUGUGUUUUCUCUAUAUUAGCAUGUAUAUUUUUAACUGUCACAUAUGUUGCAAGUUUGUAUAUUUGGAAGUCUACUUAUAGCAGGGAUCAUCCAACUACAAUCAAGCGGAGGUUCUUCAGUGUUACUUGCAUGAUGAUUGUGGCACCUUUCAUAUCUCAAUAUUUCUGGACAGAGGAAACUUUGAGGAAAGGUGAUCUGUGGGAACACAUGGGCUUAAAAUAUUCUGGAAUAAUUCAAGCAACUCUACUGCCAUUAUUUGUAACAGCUGUAUUAUUUUUGGGACCAUUGACUAUGCAGUUUCUAUCUGGAACAUUGAAGAUAUAUGCAGAGCCAAUGUAUUGGGUAGCAAGCUGGCAAGAUCUAGUGUGGGUGAGGAACCAUGUGAUGGCACCACUCAGUGAAGAAUGGGUGUUCAGGUCAUGCAUGGUGCCACUGUUGUUGCAGUGUCUGGAACCGAGCACCGCUGUGUUCAUUGGACCAAUGCUCUUUGGAAUUGCUCAUUUCCAUCAUAUGUUUGAACAAAUCAAGUCGGGACAGGGAGUGAAGACUGCUCUACUAAUUUCAUCAUUCCAGUUCAUGUAUACUAGUAUGUUUGGAGUAUACUCAGCAUACCUGUUUGUAAGAACAGGUCACUUCAUGGCUCCGCUAAUCGCGCACAUGUUCUGCAACCACAUGGGCUUCCCCAAUUUCGGCGAGAUCCCCCAGUUCCCGCCAACUCAGAGACUAAUCAUCAUUUGCAACUUUCUCAUAGGAUUCGCUCUCUGGUGCAUACUGUUGGUGCCAGCCACAAACCCUGACAUUUACUACAACAGACUACAUUGGGACACUUGAAUAACAAUAAUAGUAUAUUUUAUACCGCCUUUAAUAGAAUUGUAUACUACACACUUACGGAAUGUCGAUUUGUAAGAUUUUUACUUAAAUAAGUUACCAUAGUUUCCAGAAGGGAUCUGUUCCGGUCGUUAGAUUUAAUUAGUUGACGUCGAUAUUUAGCAUUCAAUAUAAGUAUUUUAUUUUUUGUAUUCAUAAUUUGUUAAUAAUACAGAUGUGAAACCGCCAUAAUGCAAUAUGCUGGAUAUAGAACAAUACGAAGAUGUAGUAUUAACGAUAUUUAAUGUAAGGUGGUAAAUGUCAAAAAAUUACAGGUAUAUUUGUAUUAUAUAAGGUAAUGUGUAUGCAUAAUAAGCAGUUAACCUCGAUUAUCGCCAUUUAGUAAGACGUUAAUGUAUUGUGCCGCAAUGUAAGCCGAUCUGUGUUGUAACAAAAAUACAAAAUAUACCUUUUAGAAUUCAAGUGACUCGUGCCAUAUUUCUACUUUUAUAUCGCGUUAGCACACGUACGCGUAAUACGUAAAUUGUAUGGACAGAGUCCAUUAUGGGUACAUUUCAUAACGUAUUGCCUCACUAGUCAAUUGAUGUAUUCUUAUAGAUAGUUUGUGUUGUAUAUUAUCGCCAUAAUUGUGUGGUCUUACAAUAAUUUUAUGAAUAAGGUAGCUUUUAGCUUUGACUCUGCACUCUAUUGAUUAAGAGGAAUUUUCACUUGUGGUUUUAAACCUCGGUAAUACAAAAGUAACUAGUUAUCCCCCUUGAGAACACUUUCAUUAUCCGGAAUGAAAAUAGGUAAUAUUGCAUGCAAACUAAAAGACGACUGGCUAAUUUCAAGUAUUGUAAAUAUUGUUUUUAAUUAUUAAACUUCGCAUUCAGGCUGGUACCAGUAUUUUAAUAGGAAUUCCGUGCAAAAUUGUCACUGCUCAUUUUACAUUUUAAAAUAUCAACAUACCGCCUCGUUUCAUAUUUUUAACUUUUGUAAACCCAUGUAUAUUUAAGGUAAUACUCAUACAUAGCAUUGCCUUUAACACACGGUAUUGUAUACUCGAUGUUAAUUUGUAAGAUUACCUCCUUUGUUCUGAGUGAGUGCGCGGGCGCAGCGAAAUAAACAUUUGUAAUCACUAUGAAGUCUUUUUGGAAUCACUAUGAAGUCAGGAGAGACGCAUAGCUUAUUCAUGUCAGUGGCUGCAGCGAAAUAAAAUAAUAAUUGAAUAAAUUGACCGCUGUCCACCAAAAGGCCUGUAUUUCACUUAUUCAAUGCCAUUACGUUACUACCGAUGGCUCACAGGCUGCAUUCGCGCCCUCAUCAGAUAAUAAAGGCAUUCGUACUUCCCUCCGAGUUAUAGCCCAAUAAUUGUAAUAUUGUCGAUAUGUAUUUAACUAAUAUACUUGACAAAUAUAAGAUUCAUUGUCUCCGUCUUAGAUUUUUUACUACGACGAUAUGGUAUGGCCUUAAUAUGUAAGUACAUUUUAAAUACCUAACCAACUUAAAAAGAUGUGUAGAAAAUAAUUGCUUAUUAUUUUAUUUAGAAUGAUUUGUGUCCGUGUGUUGUGGUUUUUAAAUCAAUCCGAAACAAACAAUAAAUUAUUUCUUAACAAAAUAUGUGGUAAUUUAAUUUGUUGGUUAAUUGUAGUAUACAGCAUUACACAUAUUAUGGAAAUGCCAUAAGUACAAACUUUUCUGUGAGGCAAUUAAUAAUUCUGGUUGUAUAAAUAGCAAUUAAAGUUUCUAAUAUUAGCAUCAGAGUGUAUAAAUUAUCAUAGAAAGUUAUAUAAUAGGGUUUGGUAAACAAAAUUCAAAUGUGUAAAUAAUUUAUUCACUUCACUAUAUACAUAAUUUUGAUUUAGUUGUAUAAGUAUACAGUCUAUUUACCUAACAACAACACUAAUAUUUAUUAAAAUGUAAUACACAAUCCGAGAAAUACAGCAAAUUCAUAUAAAAUAUGGACAAACGUUACUUCGCUCCAUACAAACUGUAUACCUUAUUGCUAAUUUAAAUUCUAACAUAGAUAUGAUAUUCUCUAUACAACUAUUUUAAAGAAGAUACAUGACAUAAAUGCUGUUAGGAAAUAGUAAAUACAAUGUUGAAACGAAGCAGUCGUUUGUCCGCACACAAUGCUAACACCUCAAUAAAAUUAAAUUCAUUUAAAUAGUUCACAUUAUACAUUGAGUAAAAUCAACAACAAUCACAUACAAAAGUACAGCAUCUCAGUUCUGGGACAGAAUUUUUGCAAAAACUAUGCCUGGCAAGAAUUUGCUAUGAAGUUAGCCAUUUGUUUAUGUUUAAUUUUUUUUGCCUACUUUCGCAAAUUAAUUUCUAUAAUAAUGUGUACUUCGUAAUUGGCGUACUAUAUUAUUUUAUUUUUAUUAUGUUUAAUUUGCGAGCUGUGAAGGAAAUAAAUAAAAGUUUUGUCCAGUACUAUUAUUUUGUUUUGUCACUUGUUAUCUUUUAUUUUAAUUUUUUGUUUGGGACAAUCUCACGUUUAGGUAAUAUGUAUUUGUAUAAUUUUUAUAUGUGGAAGCUUUUUGUUAGCAACUUACAUUAUUUAAAUAGUUAAACAUUGUAUUAUUUUCUGUAAGCUUUCUUAAAAAUAAAUAAAAAUCAUAUUUCAUUCUGUCCUAGUAAAGAUUUCAAAAUGUAUUUUUUCAUUCGUUAUCUUUAUUCUUUAGUAUCGUUUUUAUUAAUAUUAUUUAUGGUGUGUCCUAAUUAAACAGCCCACUGUUAUCAAAACAUAGAUAAAUUAUGCGCCAAAACAUCAUAUAUUUUAAACAUUAUUUUUUACCACAAUGGUGAACAUUAAACAUAACAUUUUGCAUAAAUUCUGUCACAGUAAAAUUAUCAUCUCAUUCAACGCACGAUCUCGCGCAUCUACAGUACAUAAAAUAUUCAAUUUCAAAAAUAAAGAAUUUAACAUGAAUUUUUUAUUCAUAAAUGUUGAUGAUAAUCGAUUGAGCUUGUGAACGAAAUCAGUCUUUAUGUGCCAUCAUAAUAUUGGCAUUUAUACUUAAGAAGCUGCUUACGCCACUUAAUUUUGCACGUUCUUACGAUAAUGUAAAACAUUUCAAUGGAAUAUAAGGAUUCAGGUGUAUCGCAUAACUAGGGCUGCCAUCAGUCCGGAAUUCCCCGGAUUUGUCUUAAUUUGAAAAGUAUCCCGGUUUAAGCUGGACAAUUUUUUUAUCAGGGGAAAUCUAUUUUUUUUAUAGAUAAGCUAUAAAUUAAAAUACAUAUUAGUUGAAAAUUCAUUAAUAAUAACCCGCAUUCAAGAAGGCACGGCAAAA